UAGUAGUAUAGGUCCAUAGCAUGGAUCAUGGAUGUGUCAUGUGUGGAAAAGAAGAGCACCGUGUCGGGUGCGGAUGAGCCUGCUGUUACGGAAAGCCGACCUGCCAAACGGCGUCUCUUUUGCUUGCUUUUGCGGCAUCAGAGUCGCAGAGAGAGAGAGAGAGAGAGAGAGAGAGAGGAGUGUUUUGGUGGUAAACUUCUCUUUUCUUCUUUUCCUUUUCUCUCCUGUCCCAGUCUCUUUGCCUUUUACGAGUUGGCUCUGCAACUCUCAAAUCAUGCGAGAGCGAGACUGGAAUUGGAUACAGUAGCUUUUCUUCUCGCCGGAGGAAAUGCAAGCCUGAGAUCUCUCUCUGUAUCUUCGCCUGUGAGUUUUGAGCUUUAGGGAGUCAGACCUUUUGGAUUUAACUUCAUCGAUGGAAAGUGUCUCUUCUGAGGAUGGUUUUGAUCAGCAGAGUGAACGAUAUGGGAGCUAUAGCUUGAGUGCCGACGUCAGUGAGUCUGAGAGUUCGAGUAGUUUUUCCUGCCGGCGCUACGAUGCUGAAGGUGCUUCAAGUUCUCUUGCGUCGUCUCCGCUCGCCGGACGUCCGUUAAACUUGAAUUCUGGAUUUCCGGGACCGCCUUUGAUGUUACCGGUUAUCGGUGGCAAAGAUGUGGUGGUUUGGGAUGAGAAACCGGAAAAACCGGAGGCAGAUUUGUCUGAAGUUGAGAUGAUGAAGGAGCGGUUCGCUAAGCUUCUGUUAGGAGAAGACAUGUCGGGUGGGGGAAAGGGAGUAUGUACUGCUUUGGCUAUCUCCAAUGCCAUUACUAACCUAUCUGCUACUGUUUUUGGGGAGCUAUGGAGGCUGGAGCCAUUGGCCCCGCAGAAGAAGGCAAUGUGGUGCAGAGAGAUGGAAUGGCUUUUAUGUGUGAGCGAUUCGAUUGUGGAGCUCAUUCCUUCAUUGCAAGAAUUUCCUGGCGGUGGGACCUUUGAGGUCAUGGUGACUCGACCGCGCUCUGAUCUCUAUGUAAACCUUCCAGCCCUUAAGAAGCUUGAUGCUAUGCUGCUAAGUAUCCUUGAUGGCUUUGGCGACACUGAGUUUUGUUACGUUGAUCGUGGGAUAGUUGUUGCUGAAGCUGGCGAUGCUGAUGCGUAUAUUGGGAGACCUUCUAUUAGGCAGGAAGAUAAGUGGUGGCUCCCCUGCCCCAAGGUUCCUCCAAAUGGUUUGUCUGAAGAUUCAAGGAAGAGACUGCAGCAAUGUAGAGAUUGCACGAAUCAGAUCCUUAAGGCAGCCAUGGCAAUCAAUAGCAGUGUCCUUGCUGAGAUGGAAAUUCCAAAUGCUUAUGUGGAGACUUUACCAAAGCUUUUCUCACAGAGUGGAAAAGCUUGUUUGGGUGAGACCAUCUACCGCUAUAUAACUGCAGACCGGUUCUCCCCAGAAUGUCUCCUCGAUUGCUUAGACCUGUCAUCUGAACACCACACCUUGGAGGUAGCAAACAGGAUUGAGGCUUCUGUGCACAUUUGGAGGCUGAAAGGCCAGAAAAGACGUUCAAAUCUUGCAAAAUCUGGCCGGUCGACAUGGGGUGGAAAGGUCAAGGGUCUUGUCAGGGAUGUGGGAAAGAGUAACAUUUUAGCACAACGAGCAGAGACUCUUUUACAGAGCUUAAAGCUCCGCCACCCUGGGCUUCCUCAGAGUGUUCUAGAUAUGAACAAGAUCCAAUACAACAAGGAUGUGGGGCAGUCGAUCCUUGAGAGCUACUCGAGGGUGCUGGAGAGCUUAGCAUUUAACAUAAUGGCGAGGAUUGAUGAUCUGCUUUAUGUCGAUGAUGCUUCCAGGCAAUGUGCUGCAGCAGAGUCAAUGUCUUUGUUUGGACGGGGAGGGUUGGGUGGUCUUCCCUUACAGAAGAGGAUAUCCCCUAGCCCAUUCUCUAUCCAACGAUCGCCUCUUGCAUCUCCAUUUGCAACGCCAACCUUCUGUUCCUCCACUCCAGUCUUGGGAAGUCCUGGAAGGGGACAUGCCUCAUUGUGCAAAAGCAGUCGCAAGGGAUUGCAGGAUCCAAAGUUAGAGAAAUCUGCAGAUGUGGAUAAAGUAUGGUCAUACACUGGAAAUCUCAGUAGUAGAAAAGAUGCUGGAGAUGCUCCGGAACGGGAUUGAUGUAAGAUGAUGAUAACCCCAACUUCACCAGGUUUGAAACAGAGUAGUUCUGCUGAGCUUGCGGAAUGUAAGGUUGGUGGCUUUGCUCCUGUAUAUUCUUUAGAAUUAGAAAUAACAUAUUCAAAGUUUUGAUCUUUGUUACUGCCUGAAGUUGUAGGUGAUGAGCAAUGUAGGGUUCGUUGGGUUAGUAGGGUCCUUAAUUUAACAAAAGACAGCUGUAAUUCAGUACUGUAGUGUGGAUUCUAAUUGUCCAGGUUAAUUUUUUUAACUAAUCUGUUGAAAGUUAGAUGGAAUUUUCCAA